AUGGGCAGUGUUCCUGUACGGCGAGUAGCCGUCAUUGGCGCCGGACCAGCGGGAGCUAUUGCCAUUGAUGCUCUUGCUCAAGAAAGGGCCUUUGACGUUAUUCGCGUUUUUGAGCGUCGAGAAAGAGCGGGAGGAUGCUGGAUAGAUGAUCCGUCGCAUCCUCCUACGCUGUCCAAUUUUGAAUCGCUGGCAGCGCGUACAGCCGAUGCGCCGCUCUCCAUACCGAAGACGCUCCCGGCCCAGACACAGCCAUCUGACCAACCACGCUUCUCUGAAUCGUCUGUUUAUCCCUACCUAGAGACGAAUAUCGAUUCCUUGCCUAUGGAAUUCAGCCAAGAGCCAAUUCCAGUUGAACGAAGCGAGCUUUCAAUAGCCAAUCACGGACCAGAUACCCCAUUUCGCAAGUGGGACGUUAUACAAAGAUACGUCCAAAGUCUUGUCGAUAGAAAAGGCUAUAGCGACUUUGUUUCUUACGAAACAACCGUUGAAAAAGUAGAAAAGGUUGGCACAGAAUGGAAAGUCGUAUUGCGAAAAAAUGGGAAGCACCACGAUUACUGGUGGGUUGAGUGGUUUGAUGCCGUCGUCGUCGCCAGUGGGCACUUCUGGGUGCCAUAUAUUCCUUCAAUAGACGGAUUAGAAGCAUUUGAGAAAGCAAGGCCCGGCAGUAUAAUCCACAGCAAACAUUUCCGAGGCCGCAAGCAGUUUGUAGGCAAACGCAUUGUCGUGGUUGGAGCAUCUGUCUCUGGAGCUGACAUUGCCUUUGAUCUUGCCAACGUCGCACAAGCUCCCGUCCAUGCCAUCACCAUUGGACACACGAUCAACGGAUAUUUUGGAGGCGAAGCUUUUAAGCAUCCGAAAAUAACAAACCAUCCUUCAAUUGCCAAGGUUGAGGGGAGAACUGUUCAUCUGAUAGAUGGAAACUCUAUUCCCGAUGUUGACUAUAUAAUCUUUAGCACAGGCUACAGCUGGUCUUUGCCCUUUCUCCCCGAUGUCCCUAUACGAAAUAAUCGUGUUCCAGAUCUCUAUCAGCACGUCGUCUGGCAAAAGGACCCGACAUUGCUGUUUGUUGGCGCUGUGGCUGCUGGGCUGACGUUCAAAGUUUUCGAAUGGCAAGCUGUUUUGGCAGCACGCAUUCUUGCCGGUCGAGCUGUGCUCCCACCUGUUGAAGAGAUGCGCAAGUGGGAAGUCGAGAGAAUCAAGGCGCGCGGAGACGGUGUGAAAUUUACGUUGAUAUUUCCGGAUUUCGAAGACUACUUUGAAACACUUAGACAACUAGCCGGAGAAGGAGAAGAAGGGAAGGGGCGCAAGCUCCCGCGGUUUCGAAGAGAGUGGGUAAGAGCCUUUCUGGAUGGCCAUGAGCGUCGCAAAGUCAUGUGGCGACGACUCAAUGAGAAAGCUCAAAUUGAAUUGAACGCGGCCCAAGAUGGUAAACUUGAGAUUAGAGCACGGCUGUAA